CCGCCAUAGACGCCAAUCGCCAUAUUUGUUUGUAGCAAACGUCACUUUUUGCCGCUUAGAGCUGGGUUGUUGUGUUUUCAAGCUCUGAAAUCGAAAUAUUGUGAAAUAAUCACUUAUUCAAAAUGACUAUCGGAAAGAAUAAUAAGAUGCAGCAGCAUAUCAACUAUAGAGUUCGAGUAAUACUUCAAGACUCUCGAACAUUUAUUGGAACAUUCAAGGCCUUUGACAAACAUAUGAAUCUUAUAUUAGGAGAUUGCGAAGAAUUUAGAAAAAUCAAGUCCAAAACCAAAGCCGCUGACAGAGAGGAGAAGAGGACUUUAGGAUUCGUAUUACUUCGUGGUGAAAAUAUUGUUUCUCUGACAAUCGAAGGACCACCUCCUCCUGAAGAAGGCUUACCUCGCGUUCCCCUGCCCGGCGCUAUGGGCGGCCCUGGCGGUGGCCGUGCGGCCGGUCGUGGCGCAGGCCCUGGUGGCGCUCCGCCAGGACUCCAGGGACCAGCGCGUGGAGUCGGGGGCCCCUCGCAUCAACACAUGGCUCCAGGAGGCCGUGGACAAUUGUCAGCACCUCCUCAGAUGCGUGGUGGCCCCAUGAUGGGAGGUCCUCCUCCAGGCAUGAUGGGGGCUCCCCCUGGCAUGGGUCGUGGAGGUCCAGGAGGCAGAGGCCCUCCAAUGCGAGGCAGAUACUAGUGCGUGCAGUGAUUUGUGAUUGAUUACUAACUUUAUGCUAGACUAUAAGGAUAUUAUGUCAACAAACAUUAGAGCAUGUUUUAAUAACUGCUCUUUUUCCCAUUUAGUGGUCCAUAAAAUAGUGUCUCAUGAGACUACAAGAUUGGUAAGGAUACUGGCUACAAAAAUUGAUGUAAUAGGUAACCAAAUUUUAACUGUUCUUUAUAAGUAAUAAAUAUA